AAACAUGACGCUCGUCUCGUGCACCUGUCUUACCUGCUCGAGCACAACACCUACGUCUUAAAGAAAUGACUUGGCUGGAUGUGUUGGCACUGUAUAUCAAGUGAAAUGUCCUCUCACAAACUUCCAAGAGCAAAAUUUGCAUAUCAACAACUGCCUUUGUUUUUUUGGCAUCACUGUUACUCGAUAACAUUCUCAUUAUGAUGCAUCACAAUCGGAAGUACUCCCCGCCGCGCUACAGCGUCGUCGUAACGUCGUUAGAGGUGCCUCAGCUGAACCGAUUACCCACCUCACGGACGGAAGAAGGUGACCUGAUGGAAAGCGCGGAGAAGAAUGCACCCAGAGCCAAAUCUAGAAUGCGCAACGCGAAGCUGAAAGCCUUGAGGGGCCCUCAGUCUCCACAGGGGGCCCGCGUGCCUGCAAACAAUGCGCAAAACGACGCGCUACCGCAGGCGGUGGAGAACGGAGGAGCCCGCGCUAGAAAAAGGGGCUAUAAACCCCCGGAUGUGAGGACGAUUUUCGAACCCUCUGACAAGGAUCCACGCGUGAAAGAGGAAAGAGGAGAGGGACACGCGUUUUGUGAGGACGCGGCGCACUCAUGGUGCGAUGUGUGUUUCGGAUAUAUCUUCCAUGCUGGUCUGACAUGCACAGGUUGUAAAUACACGUGUCAUGCCCAGUGCCGUGACCAGGUGGCGCUAGACUGUCAUCAGAAUGGAUCUUCUAAUGGCUGCCCACUCAGUCCUCUUGCUCAGGACCACCUUAACAACAACCAGUCAUCACACAGCGAUGUGGAGAAAGAGAGAGAACUGCGCACUCAUCUCACACACGAGGAGAUCAGACAGAAGGUGGAGCAGUACAACGCCGCUUCACGGGACCACUUUAAAAUGACUCUGAAUUCUAACGGGUUGUACACCGGCUUCAUCAAGGUACAGUUGGACUUGCGGAGGCCCAUCACGGUGAAAGGGAGCGGGGCAUGUGGGGUCAAAGGUCAGGAGGCAUUUUUCCUUCCUCGCGGCUCCAUAAACACCCUGCACAUCAGCAGCAACAACACUGUGCAACAGGUCAUCCAAGCCCUGCUCAACAAAUUCACCGUGGCCGACAACCCCGCCAAGUUCGCCUUGUUCAAACUCUUCAGCCGAGAAGACCAAGUAUACACCUGUAAGCUAGCAGAGGAUGAACACCCUCUCUUACUGCGUUUAGUGGCGGGACCCAGCAAAGGCACACUCAGCUUUGUCCUGAAGGAAAAGCAAACCGGUGAAGUCAUGUGGGACGCCUUCUCUAUUCCUGAGCUGCACAACUUUCUCCGCAUCCUGGAUAAAGAGGAACAGGACCAGAUUUGUGUGAUAACCAGACGCUACAGCAGUUACAAAGAGAAACUAGAGGAGGCCAUGAGAGCUGUGGGCGGCCCGGGCUAAUGCUAAUGUUUAGACAAGAGAAUUAACUGUAGGACUGCUGCCUCUAGUGGUCACUGUGUGUUAUGAACACUGUUAGGUGCCAAGCAGAUACCCGCUUGCAAAAACUCCAAAAGAGGAGAACACUGGACUCUUUCACCUCUCUGAAUGCAUCACGAGUGCCAUAUUUGCCCUCCCACUCUCUCUUGCUCUUCACAGUUUGAACUGCUGCGGUUCUUUUGUAUUUGUAAUGUAUUUCUUUCUGAACUUUUACCUCUUGAUCUUGUGAAAGAUGCAAACGUGUUUUUAUUUCAUUGUUAGAUGCUGUGGUUUGUAUAUAUUUUUGUUUGUUGUUUUUAAUUUAUGUGGGUGAAGAUUCUUUUUUUUUUUUUUUUUUUAAAUAUAUGAGAGUCUUAUUUUAAUUCAGAAAUGUGUGCUAUCCAGAAACUGAUGGGGAUUGUUUAUAUAUAUAUAUAUAACUAUAUAACUGACUCAAUGUGCCCUACCAAAGAUAGUGUUGGCGUUUGAUGUGCUGUUGACAAGAUUGACAAAUGUAGCAUGUUAGGAAGAUGACUUAAACUGCAAAUCACAUGCCAAGUGUGACCAAACAAAAGAGAGAAAAGAUUUCAUAUUGACAGGAAGUGUAUGGUUGUGAUUAGAGAACAGUAAAUGUGAAGUUGUAGAGUGAGAAAGUGAAGAAAAAGGCAAGAAGAGAGCCAUUUAACAUGUCACUUAAAAACUGAGUUUUUUGGGGGUUAUUUGGUGGAAUUGGAUGAGAAUAGAUAUCGGGAAGUUAGCAAAUGUGUGUAGAGGAUGUUGGAAACCAUGUGAAGGGAGCUGUCCCACACGGGUCUUGGAACAAAUGGAGUUUGCUUCCUGACCUCUGCUCUUCUGAAGAUGUGACUGAUGUUGUUUAGGGUCUUUUUUGCAUUAGGAUCGUGAUGUUAAACGGUCAUGGGUUUGAAAACACAAUCACAGUGAACAAAGCAUGUGUUUCUCUGUCAUGGUUUUAAACAGGGGCGCCACUGCUUAUCAACCCUGAAAAAUGCAUUAAAGCGGAAGAUUACAAAUUAUGGAACGUCAAAGCGUCUUCAAAACUGCUUCAUUUGAUGGUAAAACGGGAAAGUAGAUUUGAGCUGUGCAAUGCCAUUAGAUGGUAAAAACUUAUUUACAUUGUGGUAUAAUCUUUGUUUCCAUCUGUGAUUCAUGCAUAUACACGCAUUGUGAUGAUUUACCACGGAGUUACUGUAUUAGGAGUAUUCAAAGUUCUCUGUUCUGCCAAAAGAGCUUUAUUUUAAGGGUAUUUCUGCAUGGCAUUGAGUGGCACCGUUCUACAUUAUUGUGAUCACUCUCACGAUGUGGCUGAAACGUUGCUGUUAUUAUGUACAGAAUGCAGCCAAUAGUCAAGGCUACUUUGUCACAGCACACAGGGUCAACAAUGGAACAGUUUUAAUGAUUCUUGUGUAUCUUAUUUAAUAUAAAGACACAUUUAUGUUUUAAUUUCUUUAUGCCAGUGCUGAAUGACGGUUUUCUGAUGAGUACUGCACCAUCUUUUUGUGUCUUUGCAAUGUCCACUGUGCCACAUGCAUAGCGAGCUAGUGGCACCUUGUGGUCAACUGCUGUAAUUACCAAUCUCUGCAGUCUUAUGGCUCAAUUGUCUUAAAGACACAGUUUUCAUGUUUAUUUUGUUAUUAUUAUGAUUGGUUCUAUAGCCUUUAACCAAAUGUUUAGUUGAAAUCCAAAGUUUAGUUUAAGUUUGAAACAAAUUGCCUGGUGCAAUCAAUUUGUGCACCUUACAAAGUCAGGUUAAUUUACAGUAUAUCUAUAUUGUCAAAUGGUGUUACCAUGGCAACUUUAAUUGUAAACACUGGGGUGAAUAUAAAUCAGAAUAACUAGUCAAAUUUUUAUGUGAAUAUAUCACAAUAGUCUCAAUAUAUGCAAUCAAAAUAGAGUGGUUGUCAGGGGGAAAAUGGUAAUCGUUUGAAUGCUUUAAGGGCACUUUAUGUUUUAAUUCAGGGAUUUGUUUUAUUUUAUUUUUUUUAGUCAUCAGAUGCCUGUGGUCUUCCACUGUUUUAAAACUACAUUGCGUCAAGUGGAAACUCAUUUGUGUUUUAUUUUUUUGUUUUUUAAUUCAAUUAUGUACUUGAUUUUAUAGUUCAUAAAGUUCAACAAGCUUCUGUUUGUAGAGUAAGACUGUGAAUGAAUGUUUUGAAACUGUAAUGCUUAUAUUCAUGUGUUGUAAAGGUGUGUGGACGUGAGCAUAUUGAAUAUAAAUGCAUGCAUGCAUGUGCUAAUUCAUGUUAUAUUUAUUCAUGGCUGUUUUAGGACAUCACUGGGCCAGUGCUGUUGAGAUUUCUGUUUAACAGCAUAUUUAGCGAUUGAUCACAAAACCCAUACUCUAUAUUUGCCAAAACAUGAAUUAUCUCGUUUUGUUCCACAGUUGUAGGUUACGUCCAUAUGACAUGAACUGGUUUUGUGACUGUAUGUUUUAUCUGCAGAGAUGAAAAGGGGGGCAUAUACAUAUCUCUCUCUACCAACAAGCCACUUACAUCAGUCCCAUUCUAAAAGUAUUUUGGUAUUGGAACUGUUAGCAGAGGUGGCAUAUGGGGAUGCACAUUGUCUGAGAUCGGUUCAGAAGAUACAGUGCCUCACUGAAUGUGGGUUGGUAGAAUCCACAUAAAUCAAGAUGCAAGUCAUGCGUUUUUGACAAUGAUGGAGGUAUUCUGUGGGUAACUUAGUUUGUAUCGUUACCGAUUGUGGCCUUUCUUGUUAAAGACCUUGUUUCUUUAAUAAAGAUGAAAUGUUUCUCAA